AUGGUUAACACUCAAGGUGCCAAAGUGACGCGCACAAAGCGAAAAGCGUUGCCAAAAGCAACAAAGCCGGCGAAGUCGCAUGCCGCAACACUACGCAGCGCGCAACGCAACGUGACCGAUGCGGCCAGUGAAGUACCUAAAGCGAAUGCGGCCGACUUUAGCGCAUUCGACUUUAAUGACAGCUCCGAUAAUUCCGAUAUACAAACGCGCCCGCCUUCCUACCUCAGUCGCGCAAAUGUGCAGAACAACACCAGCAGCGCCAGUGGCUGCGGUGGCGGUGGCGGCGGCGGCGGCAGUAACAACAAUAACACCAGCAACAGUAUUAGCAACGCCAAUAACAACAACAGUAACUCCAACACCAACACCAGCAAUCGGUUGACGAAUAGCAACAAUUUAGCAAACAACACCAACAAUAACAACAACAACAAUGCCAAUAGCCGUGCAGCAGAAACGGCGUGCAUCGACAGCUGUCGCAACCACACCGCUGAUGAAGCGCCCAACCUCAACGGCGCCAUGGAGCAGGACGAUGAGGAGGAUGACGAAGAAGAAGACGAUGAGGAUGAGGCGGAGGCGGAGGAGCAGCAUGCUCAGCCUGCACGCGGAAAUGAAGAGGAAGGAGACGACGAUGCGGAUGAAGCUGAGGAAGGCGACCAGGUUGCCGCUAUUAAUACCAACGCGGAACAGACGCGCGCUGCGGUCAGCAAUGCAUUAGGCAGUGCAGCUCACGACAAUGGGAGGUUUCCUGAAGCGCCAAAUGCGUCCACUGCAGCGAAGGCAACAUCUCUUGGUACGCUAAGCAAUGCGUGUAAUACCAAUGGUGCUGGCAACGGCGAAGACGAUGACGAUGAUGAUGAUGAUGAUGACAACGGCAACAACAGCAGACACAGCCAUAGUAGCAGCGCGCACAAUGACAACAGCAACGCCAGCAGCGAUGACAUGCUUUGUCAUGGUAUGCGCGACUUGGGUGGUAUGGGUGUCGGUGACAACCAACGCUCAACGGCCAACACAAGCAGUAACCAUCACAACAACAAUAACAACAACACCGCGGAUGCACUGCUAAUGGCUGCAAUUGCCAAUGCGAGCGCCAGCGGGACAAGUAAUGGUGGCGCCGCCAGCGAGAUGUGUGGCGCAAUGCCUACAACUGACACAACAGAGUCGAAUAACCAAUGCGCGGUAACAAGCGGUGCCACUGGCGUUGGCACGCUUUUAGAUGGCGUUUCGGUUGCGAGUAACGGCAACAAUUGCAAUGAAAUCGCACGGAGCAGUAGCGCUAGUUUGAGCAACAAUAGCUCGUCUGCUACGGCGUUAGGAGGUGGCAGUGGUGUUGGUGGUGAUGCGAAUAGUACUGGUGGAGGCGGUGGUGGCAAUGGCAGCAUUUGUGGUGGUGUUAGUGGGGUCGGCGGCGGUGGUGGUAUCGUGAGUGGUAUUGGUGGUGAGAGCAUGUGUGGUGGUGCGCCAAGCGAAGCAGGCAGCGCUGCUGGCACAACGGGUUCGGGUCAUAGUGAGCGGAAAAAGUAUCGACAUCAAAACUAUAGUAAAAACAUUUACAUCGGCACCAAGAACGCUGAAAAGUGGGAACACACGCGAACGCGCCUGCAAUUCAAGAACGAUGUGGAGUUCGUGACGUACUUGUUGAAUUUGGCCGACAACGAUACGGAGCGUCUAGCCAACUUGCCACCGCCCUCGGCGCCAACAACCCCUACUAAGAGUUUCGCCAAUAAUUUCAAAUUGGAGCCCAAUCUCAGCGUGAAGGAGUUUGGCAAAAGUCAAACAGAGAACAGCAAUGAGGCAACACCAGCACCAGCACGCAGGAAAUACAAAAAGCGCGUGAAAUUCAGCGAUGCACUUAAUGGUUUCCCGAAAAUGAAGGACUUCUCGAAUUUUUCCGCGAAAGCAAAGAAACAAGACCAAAAAAUGAAGAGUACAGCCAGCGGCAGUGGCAGUACAAACGACACACUGCCCGAAGUGUUGGACUGCCGCAUAGCAGAAAAGAUCAAAAGCGAAUUGGAGGAGAAGUCCGCAACGAAAAUUCCACCACAUCAGAAUGCAUUGUGUCUGAAAAAGCCGGGCGAGGGUGGGGACAUGGAACAGCAGCACAACAGCGAUGAAGACGAGGAUGAUGAAGCAGAAGCGGAUACUGGCAUAGGUACAGCAAGCGCAACAACUGCUGUCGCUGUCGCCACCGCUGCUACUGUUCCUGCUAUCGGAGAUGUAGUAGAUGCCAACAGUGCAGCAGCAACACCAACCCUCUCACUCAAUGCCCUAUCUGCGCCGUCGACGAGCAACUUUCGAGCGCGAGUGAAAGUCAAGCGAGGCCCCAAAAACGUGUCAGCACUGCCAGUUAACAGUGCAUUCAGCAGCUUGGGUACCAGCAUUGCGGACGAGGAAGAAGAUGAGCUCGAUGGCGACACAGAUGGCGAUGACGACGAUGAGGAAAUGGACGAGGAAGCGUUGGCGCGCGAAAUGAAAAACGAACAAAAUUUCGUUGAAGAAGAGGACGAGCACGAUAUUGCCUUCCGUUCGCAACAAUCGUGUCGCGAAUGCUCAAUCACACACGACUAUAAAAUUUGUCCAUUGCGCACAGCAAUCGGUACUAUCACCGAUGCCGUAGAUCUGGCCGAAUGGAUUGAACGUAAGAAUCUAGAAGCUUUGGCUAAACUCAAACACGAUGCACAGCGUCAAGCAAAGCAAGAUCACGAUCCCGAUGACGAGGACAUGGACGAAACAUCACAAAUGUCUGAGCUCGAAACGAAACCCUUGAUAACGUUCGCCGAGGCAUCGGUGCCAGCCGAAUUCGAACUACACAAUGUCGAGCCGAAUGUGACAGGCGUAUUUGCGCGAACCGAGGUACGUGCCUUCACCAAACUCGGUCCGCUAAUUGGACAGCCAGUACAGAGUAGCGAUGUACGUGAAGGUAGUGAUAUGAAAUGGAUUUUCGAGAUUUGCGAAGCGGGUGCGGAGAAGUCUGAACUGCUAGCAUGUGACAAUCCCAAUACUUCCAAUUGGUUGCGCUACAUACGACCAGCGCCCACCUACGAUGAACGCAACGUGAAUCUGGUCUCGAUUGAACGACAUGCGUUCUUUGUCACCUGUCGGGAUGUAAAGAAUGGCAUGGAACUGCUUUAUUGGAGCGACGAUUGCAAUACGAUGUGGCGCAAAAAGCACACAGAGAAAACGAAUUGUGGUGGCUGCAAUUUGCGCUUCGACCAUCCGCUCUACUAUCGCACGCACUGCUCCAUUUUCCACGAUCCCUCAAUGAGUCUCACCAUACGCAAAUACCAUUGCAAAGUGUGUGGCGAGGCGGUGCUCGGCAAGGACAACAUCAUGAAACAUGCAGCAGAGAAACACGAAGGCAAAGGCGCUUACCAAUGCCAAUUUUGCAACAAAUUCUUCCUGCGGCUCAACUACUUGGAAAUGCAUCGCACCUACGGCUGUGCGGCCAAUCCGAAUCGUGCGCGGCCACUUUGCGAUUUUUGUGGUCGUAAAUUUUGCCAACCGCAAAAGCUCAAGGCCCACAUCAAGCGCAUGCACAGUGAUAUGGCUGAAGUUUUACGAGAUUUUCAGUGUAAAUUAUGUUCAAAACUUCUAGGAUCACGUGCCGCACUGCAGCGCCACUCCAAGGAGGUGCACAGUCGUAACUCGACGGUGGUUAGCUGUCCUCGAUGUCAGAAGCUCUUCCAGAAUCGCAGUAACUUGAAAAUUCAUAUGCUCACACAUUCGGGCGUCAGGCCGUUCAAAUGUUCGGAGCCGGAAUGUAAUGCCGCUUUCACCACAAAACAAUGUCUUCAAUUCCAUUAUAAGAAGGUGCACAAUUAUACACAGGAACAGAUGCCGAAGAUCGAGCGUAGCGUUGCAUACACCUUCGACGCUUAUUCGGGUGGCAUGAAAGUGGACUUCUUAGGUAAGUCGCUGACUGCGCUUGUUAGUAAACCUUUUUACUCACCUUUUUCUAUCAUUUCUAACGCAGAACAAGCGCCACGGCGGCGACGCAAGAGCUUGGAAGACCAAAACUCGCGCCUAAGUUCGAGUAUGCAAAGCGACACCGAAUUCUCCGAUGACAACAUCUUCGAGGCUAUCAAGAAAUCUGGCAAAUCGAUCAAAGACUUAUGUCGCAACGAGCCCAAUCUCUCGCUACUCUCGUCCAAGAUCUCGAGCAUAUUCGGUGAAAAGGUGGUGGGUAGUCGCAAACGUAAGAAAAAGAAAGAGCCACCCGCGCCAAAUAUGAGUUUAAUGGGCGCCGGCGCUCCUGGAGUGGGUGUCGGUGUAGGCGUCGGCGUCGACGGUACUGAGGAGGAGGACGAAGAUGAACAUAUGGAGCAGGUGCGCCGCAAACAAGCAAAUGCUCAGCUUAGUCUUGUGGAGUCGUUUUUGACCACGACCGCACAACGUCUCACCGCACAGCAUCAAGUGCAACAGGUGGUUGCCGCCGCUGCCGCUGUAUCGGCAAUGGCCGGUGCUGGAGCGGCGACAGCUACCGAAGAUCCCAAUAAAAUGCACAUGAUGUCUGGGCUGAAUAGCCAACAUCAUGCCAUGGCGAUGGGUGGACACGCUGUGGCCGGCAUGCUGAACGACGACGACGACGAAGAUGAUGAUGAGGAUGAUAAUGGGCAGGACGAUCCGCAUGACGGUGGGCACGGCGAGCCGCACGAUGACAAUAACAGCUAUCGCCAUCAUACAAGUAUGAACGCCUUGGGACAGAAUUUGGUUGUGAGCAAAGGAAGCAAGAAAUGGAUUAGCGGCGAUGAUCAUCAUCUGACGCGUGAUUGCGCCGCCUCAGUGGAUCGCUGUGGCAUAGGUGGUGGUGUGGGUAUUGGCGGUGGGGUGGGCACCGAUGCGGCCGUUGCUGCUGCUAUGGGCGGUGCUGCGGCUGUAGCUGCCGCAUGCAGUAUGACCGGAAACGCUGGUGGCGUCGGGGUUGGUGUGGCAAAUGAUAUGGGUUUGCCGCCAUUUGCGGUGCCUCCGAAUGCAGUCGACGAUGCCAGCAAAUUGAUCGGUCACAAUCGGGACUUCUUGGCGCGUUUGAUGAAUUCGGCUAGUGCUAAUCAUGCGCAUCAUAACAAUCGUGGCGAGGAAGAUGAAAAUUCUUCAUUUCUCGAUGUGGUCGAAUCCAACAAUAAUAACAAUAAUGGCAGCGGCGGUCAAAUGCAGCAAUAUCACCAUAACGGUGGAGGUGCAGGCGUGGGUGGAACUAUCGGAGCGGCUGUGAACGUCGCUAACGCGGGCAAUGCCAAUGCGAACAACAUGGGUGGUACUGGGGCCAACAGCACACCAAGUCAUCAAACCGAAGAUGCUCAACUGCAAAUGAACUCUUUGGCGCAUUCGCAAUCAUUUAUGAGUUCGUUUUACAACAAUGCCAAUGCAAGACUGAGCGGCGGAGGCAGUGCCUCAACAUCGGCAAGCAUGCUCGUAGAAGCAGCGUUGAACUCCGUAGGAAAUAUGAUCGACUCGGAAAAUAAUGAUAUGAAGGUGGCAAAUGAGUCGAAUAUCAACACCGACAGCCCUAUGAGUGCCCAUCACGUGGACACGGAGUCAAAUCGCUUCAGCACAGACACUGCCGCCAACCACCACUCCAUCAACAGCAUUGACAACCUGGAAAACGAGCUGAAGAUGAUGAAGAACCUCAGUAACUUCCCCAUGCAAAUACCACCACUGCCAAUGUUUCCCAACUCAGGCAACAACAUGACUCCAUGCAACAUAUCGCCAAACGCUUCGACACCGACAAAUCCUCAAAGCAACCAAAACAAUAACGACGUAGAUGUUGAUGCUGGCUCGACGCCACGUCCACAGCAUUUGAGCGGAAGCGCUGCUGAUUCGGAUGGCUUCUCUUCGGUACAUCAUCGCACACCGCCCUCGCCGCAGCCCAUAUCACCUGGCCGCGACUACGGUAUGUUCAGUAAUGCCAAUGCUACAGGCGCCAAUGGCACACCUGGGGGCCCAGGCACAGCUGGUAGCAACAGCAGUGGCAACAGCGCCAGCGGCAAUAGCAACAAUAACAUAUCAGCAUCCUCACCUUUGCCCACCAUGCAAGCGCAUCGGCGCAAUGCCUCCAGCGUUGGCAGCGCAUAUCCAGAUCACGAGCUCAUAUCGCCCGCAUCCUCGCCGUCCAUACCACGAUACAAUUUUAACGGCGAAAUGAUGCGUCAUAAACGCGCCGAACACGAAAGCGAUAGAAGGCAAACGAUUGGACAUAAUCCGCAUUUAUCAAGCGACGAUGAGAACAGUAUUAUUCCACAAAAUAGCUCGGGUCAAGACAUGCGUAUGAAAUUUUCCCAGUCGCAAAUGGAUCUCAUGUACACCAAGUACGAGAGUAUGGCCGCCAACGCCGCGAAUCUCAAGUACAACAGCCAAGAGCUCGACUCGCCAGCCGACUAUCGCAGCGCCAAUAGCAACACCACAUCAGCACCCACCGCUAACGAUCUAUCCGAUUUGCAAGGGCUCGACAUGUCGCGUUCCAGUGUUAGCGCUUCAAAUUACCAUCACAACUUCCAACUGCCCGGUAGCGCAAGCUCAAACAUAUCCGGCAUCGGACGUUACCAUCAUCACAUCUACGACAUACUCUCCGAGCGUGAACAACAAACACAACAGGCACAAACACAGCAACAACAACACCACAGUUCGGCUGUGGCGGCCGCUGCAGCUGUAGCUGCACAACACCAACAGCAACAGGAGCACUCCAGUCAGCUUGUCAUGCAACAACAUCAAUCCGCCAUGCAUAACAUGCUUCCCGAUCAACUCGGCGAGCAGGAUCACGAUCAGACCACUUCGGUAGACUUGAGUCGCACAGCUAAUUAUGUGGUGCCAUCACCGCCGCAAUUACCCUACAACCAUCCACAUCACGAUAUGCUACGCAUGGCUUCGUUGGAUUUAACGCCGAACACCAAUAUGUCCGUUGGCAAUAAUCGAUCUUUCCUUUCCUCACAAAUGCAACAUCAGAGUCGUGAAAGCCUCGAACAUCAUCGUCUUUUGUCCACAGUAGAACAGCAUCGCAUAUUGGCAGCCUCCAAUGUGGCUGCGGAUCAGCAUCGCCUACUCGUCGAUCCCACCGCACAUCUGUUGAUGGAGCAAAACAAUCGACUAUUGGGCACCGAUCAGUCCAGACUUCUUGGCGAGACGGCGCAGAAUAGGCAUAUGGCGCGCAGUUUCGGUGCUUAUCAUCAAGUAGCCUCGGGCAAUUAUCAUCCCAGUGUACGACCACCAGUAUUGCCAUCGGCAAAUCAUCAUGCUUCCAAUCCCUCCAAUUAUCAUCCUUUCCCAGCGUACUAUUAAAAGCGAGAGUAAGAGAAGAUGGUCACAGAAAAAAUUUGUUUUAUGUCAUUCAAAGCGAACUAUUGAAAUUUGAAGCACAAACAA